AUACAGUUUUUAUAAUAUUUGUUUUAUUUUGUAAAUUGAGAAAAGGAAAAUAAACCAAAAAAAAAAAAAACAUGCGUGUAGCUGUUAUCGGUGCAGGUGUUAUAGGAUUAACGAGUGCAUUUGCAUUGAAAGAAAAUAAUCCUGAACUUGAGGUGACCAUAUUUUCGGAAAUUUUUACACCAAAUACCACAGGUGAUGGAAGUGCUGGUCUUUGGGGACCAUUUUUACUAAGUGACACUUCGAAAGAAGAUAUUUUAAAAUGGGCAGGAAGGACGCAUCGUUUGUUUGAACAAUUUUGGAAAUGUGGCUUGGCUAAAGAAACUGGACUCUGUCUUUUACCGGUACUACGUGUGACCAGUGAAAAAUCUGAUGAAAUGUCAUGGUUAAAAUUAGUUUAUGGUGUUCAUCAAUUAACUAAGGAUGAAUUAAAUAAAUUGAACAAGGAACAUAAAGCCAAUUACAUAAAUGGUUGGCAUUUCGUGACAUAUACUUGCGAGCCAACAUACUUUUUACCUUGGAUAACGACAAAAUUUGUCGCAUUGGGUGGCGAACUGAAGAGAAGAAAGAUUCGUGACUUAGGUGAAUUAAUUGAGGAUGACUAUGAAAUUGUUAUAAAUUGCAGUGGUCUUGGUGCACGAGAACUCGUCAAUGACGACACUAUGACAGCCGUGAGAGGUCAAGUUUCUAGGGUAAAAGCACCAUGGGUGAUGCAUUGUAUUCUGGUGGAUGAUGAACAUUGCAAUUAUAUCAUACCAAAUAUAAACGAUAUAGUCUUAGGUGGAACUCAUCAAAAAAAUGAUUAUGAUCUUAACGUACGAGAUAAGGAUUCUAAAUUGAUUUACGAAGGAUGUCAACGUAUGAUUCCAUCCUUGAAGAAAGCUGAGACUAUAAAAUCGUGGGUUGGUUUAAGACCAGGAAGACCAAAAGUUCGUUUAGAAUGUGAAACAUUUGUACGAAAAAAUGGUAAAAAGUGUCACGUGAUUCAUAAUUAUGGUCAUGGUGGUGCUGGUAUAACAUUGAGCUGGGGAUGUGCAAUUGACGUAGUUGAAAUUGUUAAGAAUCUCAAUCGAAAUGAAUAUCAAAUUUCAAAAUUGUAAAUUAUAUUUGAAAAGUGUACGAAUAAAUUGAUCUAAUAAUAAACA